UACGACAUUCUAAAAUAAAUCGAACAAUAUUACUUAUCAAAAUUUUCACACCACCGACUUCUAAUAUUCUACACAUUUACUGUGGUUAUCCACAUUCGAAGCAUUUAAAGGACAAUUAUGUAUACUGUACUACCUAAAUUUCGCAUUUUUUGUAGUGUACCCAGAAAUAUGUGCAGAAUAUUUGGUGCUAAGUCUACCUGUAACAAAUGCAUCAACCAUGAGGACUUGAACAGAAUCAUCAUCAAAGCGAUUUCAAACGGCAAACGAAUACAACUCACCUUAUCAAUCAACAAUGGAUCUCUCGGCGCUUCCUUUAGAACUCACCUGGAUGAUAUUGGAUCAAGUGAAGAGCCUUCCGCAUCGCAAGAAUGGCUCACUGGUGUGCAAAGCGUGGAAUCGGAUGCUGUUGACCUCCCGAAAAUCGCUAGAAACUGUGAACCUACGUAUCUGCAGUCGCAAUCGUGGACCUGAGGAAGAUGAGAAACUUUUCAAUGAGCUCUGCGAAAUCAUGGUUUCCAGUAAUCGCAAUUACGUUAAUAUCGAAUUUUUCUAUGUGAACUUCGAGAUUCCGGUAGUGAGAGAUUUUCUGCAUUUCAUCGUAACUGUGUGCAGUGAAUCAAUUAAGAGUUUGAAAUUCAUCUGUUGUUAUGGACUGUAUCGUAGUGAUUUACUCGUUGUUCUGAGAACGGCCGGGAACCUCGAAGAUUUACACCUGCAAAGCCGAGUUGGAUAUGACGACAUCGAAAUCGAAGAAUUCAAGCUACCUAAGCUGCGUAAAUUAACACUUCAUAUGGAAGAAACUAACACAUUUUACCAAGGAAUAUGCCUUUCGGCCAUGCAACUGAGAGAACUGGAUAUAAAAACUCGUGACGGAUGCCAAAGUGUACGUCAAGCUGUCGCUUUGAUUCAACGGUUCUGCACACAACUCACAAAAUUAAGCCUAGAUUCGGAGGGAUCCCUUACUAACGAGGAAUGUGAUGAAAUGGAGUUUCCUAAGCUGACGACGAUGUCACUGAAAAUAUCUGGCCCAAUAAACCAAUCUAUUUUCAGAAGAUUGAGACGACUCAAAAAUUUGAAAAUUGAUGGAAUCGUAACAGAUGAAGUGAUUUGUGCGAUUAGUAAAAUCUUAAGUUUAGAAAGCUUGAGCAUCCGCUGCAAGAGUCUAAUGGAAAGUCACAAAUUUGUGCAGAUGACAUUCCUGAAAAAUCUGCACACUCUGCAUCUACGAGGAAUUUCGAAGUUUUCAUGGAACAAUGUCGUCCUACCAAAGUUGACAAAUCUUCACGUAAAUUCAACAGGAGAGGGCUUUCUGGAAUUCCUUAAGCGUUCAAACCUGACUUCGCUGGAAAUCCAUGAUUCGGCGAUGACCAACAAACAACUGAAGCGAAUGUGCCGCCAUUUAUCACAGGUCCAACGUUUGGAGUUGGCAUUUUGUGGGCACAUUUCCGAUAGCGGCUUGAAAUAUCUCAAUCAACUAGGCAAACUGACCGAACUGUGGCAUUCUAGAUAG